AUGCUUUCCAAGAUUUUAAGUUCCAGAUUACCUGCUAACUCCUUAGUUAGUAUGUACAACCCUUCCUUCAGCUCUGUUGCUGGUGAACCCAAGUUCUUAGAAAUGGUCCACCAAUACUUCGAUGCUGCUGCCUCAUACACCAGAAUCUCUCCUGAUAAACUUAACUACUACAAGAAGGCCGACUGUGUUAUCAAGUUUACCAUUCCCCUCGUUAGAGAUGAUGGUACUAUUGAAUCCAUUGAAGCCUACAGAGCUUAACACAAGUUACACAGACUUCCUACUAAGGGUGGUACCAGAUAUGCUAAAGACAUCAACAUUCAAGAAGUUGAAGCCUUGUCCUGUUUGAUGACUUUAAAGUGUGCUGUCGUUAACUUGCCUUACGGUGGUGCUAAGGGUGGUAUUGGUUUCAACCCCAAGUAAUACUCUGCUAGAGAAAUCGAAUCUCUCACCAGAAGAUACACUCUUGAAUUAGCUAAGAAGGGCUUCAUCGGUGCUGCCAUCGACGUUCCCGGACCUGAUUUGGGUACUGGUGAAAGAGAAAUGUCUUGGAUGAAGGAUACUUAUCAAACUUUCUUCGGUCACAAGGAUAUCAAUGCUCACGGUUGUGUCACUGGUAAGGCUCUUAACUAGGGUGGUAUCAGAGGUAGAACUGAAUCUACUGGUCUUGGUGUCUUCUAUUGCACUAGAGAUCUCCUUAACGACAAGCCUCUCAUGGAAAAGUUCGGUGUUGAACCUGGCAUGAAGGGCAAACGUUUCAUCAUCUAAGGUUUCGGUAAUGUCGGUUACUGGGCUGCUAAGUUCAUCACUGAAUAUGGUGGUAUCGUUACUGGUAUUGCUGAAUGGGAUGGUUCCAUCUACAACUCUAAAGGUAUUGAUAUUGAAGAUCUCUACCAAUAUAAGUUGAACAAGAAGGGUAUCAAGGGUUAUCCUAGAGCUGAAGAAGCUUUCGAUAACGAAGAUGCCAUCUACAAGGAAUGUGAUGUCUUCAUUCCCGCUGCUUUUGAAUAAACUGUUAACAAGAAUAACGCUAACAGAUUCAACUGUAAGGUCAUUUCCGAAGCUGCUAAUGGUCCUACUACCAUCGCUGCUGAAGAAAUCUUAACCAAGAAGGGUGUCGUUUUCUUCCCUGAUAUUUUAGUUAAUGCUGGUGGUGUUACUGUAUCUUACUUCGAAUGGCUUAAGAACUUAGAUCACAUGAGACCUGGUAGACUUACUAGAAAGUGGGAAGAAAAGUCCAAGCUCAAUCUCCUCCACGUCAUUUCAGACAUCACUGGUCUUAAGUUACACUAACUCGAAGAAAAGCACAAGAAUCUCCUCAGAGGUGCCACUGAUAAAGAUAUUGUCUACUCUGGUUUGGAAGAAGUUAUGUCUGUUGCUGUCAAGGAAACCAAGGAAACUUGUCUCGAAUUACACUGCUCUAUGAGAAUUGCUGUCUACGUUAAUGCUAUUAGAAAGAUCCACUAACAUUUCGAAGUUGCUGGUAUGCCUCUUGCUAAGUGA